AUGAGUGGGGCAAACCAGUCAAGUGUCUCUGAGUUCCUCCUUCUGGGGCUCUCCAGGCAGCCCCAGAAGAAGGAGCUCCUCUUCAUGCUCUUCCUAACCAUGUACCUGGCCACAGUCCUGGGAAACCUGCUCAUCAUCCUGGCCAUUAGCACAGACUCCCACCUGCACACCCCCAUGUACUUCUUCCUCAGCAACUUGUCUUUCAUGGACAUCUGCUUCUCCUCCACGAUAGUCCCCAAGAUGCUGGCCAAUCACAUACUCAGAAGUCAGACCAUCUCCUUCACUGGGUGUCUCACGCAGAUGUAUUUUCUCAUUGUGUUCGUGGUCAUAGACAAUUUCCUCCUAGCUGUGAUGGCCUAUGAUCGGUUUGUUGCUGUGUGCUACCCCUUACACUACACAUCAAAGAUGACCCCUCAGCUCUGUGCCCUGCUUGUCACUGGGUCGUUGGUCAUUGCCAAUCUGAAUGCUGUAUUGCAUACCUUACUGAUGGGUCAACUCUUAUUCUGUGCAGACAACAUGAUCCCCCACUUCUUCUGUGACCUGAUUCCUCUCCUGAGACUCUCCUGCUCUGAUAUACACCUCAAUGAGAUGAUGAUUCUUACUGAGGGGGCCCUGAUAAUGAUCACCCCAUUUGUUUGUAUCCUGGUUUCCUACAUUUGUGUCAUCUGUGUUGUCUUGAGAGUUCCAUCCACUAAGGGAAAAUGGAAAAUCUUCUCCACCUGUGGCUCUCACCUGGCUGUGGUUUCCCUGUUCUAUGGCACCAUCAUUGCUGUGUAUUUCAACCCUUCAUCUUCCCAUUCAACCAAGGAAGACAUCACGGCUGCUGUGAUGUAUACAGUGGUGACCCCCAUGCUGAACCCUUUCAUCUACAGCCUGAGGAACAAGGAUUUGAAAGGUGCCCUAAAAAAAGUGAUUUCUAUGAAAAUUUUUUGUGUUCAAUAA